CACCAAGCCGGGGUAUGUCAGACUGCGAGUCCCCGCAGCCACAGCCAGGACAUAUGGCAUGAUCCCCGGCCAUGUGCACAUGGAAAAACGACGACUGUACUUGAAGAACGAUGCAUAGAAAGAUGGAAUUAUGGGUGAUGGAGGAAAUCCUGACAUAUCGCAAGUUCAUGGACCGGCCCUGACCAAUGAAGCCCGUAUGCAUGACACUGUACACGCCGUGCACUGUGCUCAAUGGCCAAGUUGCGCCAAGGGUUUUCUAAGAAGAAAACGUGCAAUUUCCAAGUGGCCGUCGUCAAAAGUCAUGAGGCGUAUCGUGCAAAAGGGUUGUUGUUUGGUUCCGGUGGGUCACCCAAUGCAUCACCAAGAAAACCUGCUGUGGAGAGUUUCCUUCAACAUGGCUGAACAGGAGUUAAUUCGUGGCUUUAAUGACACCCAGGUGUUUUGCUGCUAUUUGUUGAAGAUGAUGCUCCGUACACAUUUUCACGAGGAAAAUGUGCUGUGUUCAUAUUGGUGCAAGACCAUCAUGUUGUGGCUCGUGCAGAAUACAGAACGUCGUUGUUGGAACAAGAAAAAUUUUAUUCCGAACCUUCACAAAGCUCUGUAUCUGCUGUAUCGUUUUAUGGAACGCCAUGACUUGCCAAUGUUUUUUCUCCCGGAGAACAACCUCAUCUCUCACAAGGAUAAACAGGCUUGUCUCCGUGUAGCCAAGAGGCUCGGAGACAUGCUGCAUGUUUCAACCUUCAUUCGCGCAGUGCUAGACUGCUUAACUAAAACACAUUCGAGCGUUGCAGUGUUGACAACUGACGGGUCUCCAACAACAGUUCACAGCAAUGAGCCGGCUUUUUACGAGGACGAGUCACAAAAUCGCACUAAUGUAAAGUCCUUCCUUGAUGUCAUGCAUUGGCACUGGCAGGAAGAUCACAUUUUGCUAUAUAGCGAUUGGGCUGUGGUAGAAGAAGCUCAAGUCAUUGCUGCCUUCCUGGAGAUUAAUGAAGAGGAUGAUCCCCGCGCUAUCGAGUACACGCAGUCAAUGAUACGAGAAUCCGAUGAUGACUUCUUAAAGAAAUUUGAUGUUCUGCUACAACAGAAACUCGGACGAAGCCUGUUUUUUGAGCAUCAGAAGACACGAAUGACCAUGCGGAAAACUGAACAGCUACUGGAGUCAUCUCGCGUAAUAACGUAUCCCGUAAGCGGCUACCGAGAUCACAUCUAUGGGACAGUGUACAUGUCUUUCUUGCUCUACACUCGAUCAAGGGACGCCGAGUCUUUAAGCAAAUUACAAAGCAUAGAAGAGGAUAUCGUCAAGGCACAGACCGAUGCCGUCAAAGUAAUUCUGAUUGUUUUGUCUAAUAUUCAUAUGUGCCUUCUGGAACGCGAUAUUGUUUUACGUAGUUUGAUCGACAGAAUGGCGCUGAUGCACGGAGAAACUCAUGUGAACAGCGUGGCGCUUGCAUUUUAUCUUAUGAUAAGGCUUUCUGCUAAGCUUCAGCGAAAAGCACGCGCUCCACUAGUACGCCGAUACAUUCGACUGUUCCGAGGAUUUGAGAAAUAUCUGCACAAUCUUCCUCGAGUGCAGCUGGAUGCCUACUAUUUCCUACUGGAAUAUAUAAAUGUAGAAAUACUGACUGACGGAAAUUUUCAGUAAAAACCAGACUUUGUGUCUAAACUAUACCAAACAUUCAGAAACCCUGUCUUACCAACUUUUGCCUUCUAUUCGUCAUCCGCCAGUUACAGCAAUUACUGCAUUCAUUAGAUUUGCCCAAAUGCUAGUUCUAUACGAAAAAUAUUCAUGUGAUGUUGAAAAUUUCAGAAAUGCUUGAGUUUUAUCGAUUUUCUGACUAAGUAUUUGUUGGCAGCUAUAGGCGUAGGUGGGUGGGUUACGGGUACUGGUAGUGGAUAAGGGUGGGGAAAGC